AUGCAGUCCGAGCAGACAACAGCCGUGGGCAGCGCCGAUGCCCUGCACCCACGCCUGCCGGCCGAGCUCCUCUCCCUCGUCAUCACCCACCUCGACACGCAGUCCCGUGCGCGCCUGCUGCGUGUCAACUCGGCCCUGCACGCGCUGGCAGUCAAGGCCACCUAUUCACGCCUGCGCCUCUUCAGCCAUCCGCGCGACACAAAGCAGCAGCCGCUGCCGCUACAAGGGCGUAACGCGCCCUCGUACGCAGCGCACGUUGUCUUUGUUGACGUGCCGGCGCACCCGCUCAAGGGGUGCUGUUGGCCGAUAGAUGGGUGCACCUCGAAGCAAGAGGACGCACUCCUCGCCCGUGGCCUGCUCGGUACACUGCCCAACCUGCGCACGCUGCGCCUCCAUCUUGGCCAGGGCAGGCUCGAGGGCCUCCUGCACGACGACAUGGACGCCUUCCCCUGCCCUGCGGUUUCGAGCCUCCGCCCCCGCACGCUUGUGGUGCGCGGUGCCGUCUUCCGCGCCGAUGAGGAGAGCUUCCUCGCCGAGCCAGAAAGCACCCUCUCCGACGGGCUGGUCAGUUCACUCGAGCACCUCGUUUGCGUCGUCUCCGCGGGGACCGACGGGGACGGAUACUCUAUCCAGAGUGGCAUCGUUCGCCUGAUCGGCGCGCAGAUGACCUCGGCGACGUUUGUCUUCUUCACGCCGGACCGGCACGCGCGUGUGCUUCCCGCGUCGGACGACGUGGUGGACGAGGUCGAGUGGUGGCUCGAAGCUGUGGCUGGGGAGAUUGGGUCGCACGCGCCGCUCGACAACUGCCGCCUGACAUUCGUCAAUGCCGGAGCUGUGGGCGCGUUGGAUGGUGGCGACGAGGACGCGGGCGCAGGGACCGUGGGCGUGAGUGGCGCCAAGCAGCGCAGCCUUGAGAGCUACUUCCGCGAGGAGGUGGCGAAGAGGUGCCGAGAGAUUGGCCUAGACGACCGCACCAUCGCCCGCCGUCAAGAGUCGAUCCGGUUUAUCACGAUGGACGAGUACCUUGUCGAACCAGAGUCGUUGGACGUGUUCGACGCGGACGAGCUGUCCGAGCCAGCCGCCUUUGCGACCACCGACACCCUCGGUGCCCUCAUCCCGCCACUGCCAAACGAGAUCCUCGCCCAUGUCAUCGGCUUCCUCGACACGCAAUCGCGCGCACGCCUGCUGCAGGUCAACUCGGCCUUCUACGCGCUGGCCCUCGUGCCCACGUACACGCAUCUACGGCUGUUCGAUCACGCAAUAGGCGACCGCGCGCCGCUCCCAUUACAGGGCCGCGCGGCGGUGCACGCGACCCAUGUGCGCCUGAUCGACACCUGCCCGCACCCGACAAGCGCGUGUGCCCUGCCCCUCGGGUACAACUAUGACUCGGAGCACUUCCUCACAUAUGGCCUGUUGGGGUGCGCGCUCCCCCACCUCCGCUCCCUCCGCCUCCGCCUCCUCACGACCGAGUGGUACGAUAACCUCCUGCACCGGACCUUCCUCGGCGCGCUAUGCCCUGCCCUAGCCAACCUCCGCCCCACCACGCUCGUCAUUCGGGACGCGACGCUGCUCGCAGACGAGGAAAGCCUGCUUGCUGACCCGGCCGGCACGAUGCCCCAGCAGCUGAUUGACGCGGUGGAGCACCUCGUCGUUGUCCUCUCCGACCGGUGCGACGAGAGCGACGUCGAGGGCGGCAGUGAUGCCGGCGAAGCUACCAUGGAGACGGACUCCCCGUUGAUAGGCCAGCGAAUGGCGGCUGCCACUUUCGUCCUCAUGACCGACUCCCGCGGUGAACGUUUCCGUUCUCCCAUCAGCUUGGUCCGACUUUGGCUGUCCAGCUUCGUGCAGCGGAUCAGCGCGAACAGAUUCAGCAAAAUUCGCCUGACUCUCGUCAACACCGAAGCGGCGAGGGAGGAACCCGCUGCAGAGGGUGAGCCCGAGCCCGAGCCCGACGGCACUGCGGUGGACGACAGCCACGAAAGCUGGUUCAGGAAGGAGCUGGCGCGCCAUUGCCGCACCGUUGGCAUGGACGAUGCUGUCGUAGCCCGCCGCCAAGAGUUGGUCAGGUUCAUCAGCAUGGACGAGUUUCUCGCCGAGCCGGGCGUGCUCGAUGUGUUCGAGGUGGACGAGCUGGAUGGGUGGUGGGGCACAGGCUUGUAA